AUGACAUUCAACAAUGGAGAUGCCCAAUACCCAGAAAUCAUCAUCCCUUCCAAUAUAGGAAAGUAUACAAUCAUUGCCCAGAUUGGAUCUGGUGGAUUUUCUAAAGUUGCUCUUGGAAUCGAUCCAAAAUCACAAAAGAAGGUUGCCAUAAAAAUCUAUAGUAGAUUAUACAUAACUGAAAACAAUAUGAUUUCCUUCUUAGAACAUGAAAUGAGAUUGCACUCACGAUUUGAUCAUCCGAAUAUUGUUAAAGUUCUUGAUGUUAUCUAUGAGCCGGAGUACAUCAUGAUUGUUAUGGACUAUUAUAAGAACGGAGAUCUUAUCAAUGUCCUCACAAAUGGAACACAUUUUACGUUUAAUGAAAAGCUCUCUGCAAUCCAUCAGAUAGUUGAUGCUGUCAACUAUCUUCAUCAAAGAGGAAUUUGGAUCCGAGACAUUAAACCAGAAAACAUACUUUUUGAUGACAAUUACAGACCAAUGUUAAUUGAUUUCGGUUUGGCAAAGGAAAAUGGCAUGGCCUCUAAAACAUUGUGCGGAACGUUCUUAUACAUUGCUCCAGAAGUAAUUUCCUCUCCGAAAUACAAUGCCAUUCAAGCAGAUAUUUGGAGUUUGGCAGUAACGAUACAUAUCUUCUGCACAAAGAAGUUCCCAUGGGAAGAAAAUAGUGAUGCACACAUUAUUAACCAAAUGGCAAGCAAAAAACUUGAAAUUGAUAACCAAACCACCGGCUUCAUAAAACAAAUUCUUGAACAAUGCUUAGUUUUUGAUCCAGAGAAGAGACCAACUGCACAAGAUAUUUUAUCCCUUUUUGAUUACUAUCAACACAAAAGACUUAUCCACCCAAAGAGUGAUGAUCUUAUUCUUAAAUCGAAGCGACAACCCUUACCUCGAAUCAACACAAAGAAAGCACACAUCUCAAAAGAUAUUUCCGAGUCUAAUUUCUUAAGACGUGGUGAACGCAUAAGAAGAUUUCCUUCUAAACUUUAUAAAAUUUGUUUGUAA